AUUUAACUUGUAUAUUCGUGUAUAUGUAUAUGUAGAUUCCUUGUUUUGCGUUAUUGUUGCAUUGUUUAUUGAUUGUUUAGAACGCUGUAAAAUCUAAAUCAUACUUGAAUUUAAUGUUAUAUCAGUGAUAUUUGUUUAGCGAGAAAACAUGGCAGAUGAUGAUUUCGACGGAGACGAGGUUGCUGAUGAUUUUGAUGAUGUUGAUGAUGACGAUAAUAUCGAAUUGGAACCUCAAGAAGAAGACGGUGAGAAUAUAGAGUUAAUAGCAGCUGGUGAAGCCACUGGUGGAGUACAAAGAUCGAAAAGAAUUACAACAAGGUAUAUGACAAAGUAUGAAAGAGCAAGAGUGUUAGGAACUAGGGCAUUACAAAUAGCUAUGUGCGCUCCUGUGAUGGUAGAAUUAGAAGGAGAAACAGAUCCAUUGCAAAUUGCAAUGAAAGAACUUAAACAGAGAAAAAUUCCAAUUGUAAUUAGGCGCUAUUUACCUGAUAACAGUUAUGAAGAUUGGGGAAUUGAUGAAUUAAUUAUAAUAGAUCAUUAAAUUUCGAUUUAUCUUGUAUACUUGAAAUAUAGAUUUAAGAUAAUUUAAA